AGUAGUCGACCUGAGCGGGGCGGACUGUGCGCCGCCGUCGUGAGGAUACAUCGCACAGAUGAAGGGACUUUUACGGAUAACUAUCACAUAUUCUUCCGUUUGAUUUCAUCGAUACCAUCACAUCCCUCCUUCCUCACUCGGGGCUUGUGCCUUCACCGUGGGUCUUGCCUGUAUUUUUUCCUCCGGGAGGCUGAAUGGAAGCAGCAGCCGAGGGAGCGGUCGGGCUGUCGGAGGCCAGGGACUGGAGCCCGCUAUCUGUGGCCGCAGCAUCCGAUGAUGGGGACACGGUCGUCGGAGUCAGCUACGGGAUGGACGCUGCAGACAUGGAUGCUGCUGCAAAGAAAGCCUUCAUCACAGAGAUGCCCUCGUCCUCAGGCCAACCCGGCCAGGGGAAGAAGAUCGGCCACAGAGGGGUGGAUGCAUCAGGAGAAACGACCUACAAGAAGACCACCUCCUCAGCCUUGAAAGGUGCCAUCCAGCUGGGCAUCGGCUACACGGUGGGCAACUUGAGCUCCAAGCCGGAGAGAGAUGUGUUGAUGCAGGACUUCUACGUGGUGGAGAGCAUCUUCUUCCCCAGUGAAGGCAGUAAUCUCACUCCGGCGCACCACUUCCCGGACUUCCGCUUUAAGACGUACGCUCCCGUGGCCUUCCGCUACUUCAGAGAACUGUUUGGCAUCCGGCCCGAUGACUACCUGUAUUCUCUGUGCAACGAGCCAUUGAUCGAGCUGUCCAAUCCUGGAGCGAGCGGCUCGGUCUUCUAUCUCACCAAGGACGACGAGUUCAUCAUCAAGACUGUGAUGCACAAGGAGGCGGAGUUCUUACAGAAGCUGCUGCCUGGAUACUACAUGAACUUGAAUCAGAACCCCCGCACUUUGCUGCCCAAGUUUUUCGGCCUGUACUGCGUUCAGUCGGGCGGGAAGAACAUCCGCGUGGUGGUGAUGAAUAACGUCCUCCCUCGUGUGGUUCGCAUGCACCUCAAAUAUGACCUGAAGGGCUCUACCUACAAGAGGCAAGCGUCCAGGAAGGAGAGGCAGAAGGCCCGGCCAACCUUCAAAGACCUGGACUUCAUGCAAGACCUGCAGGACGGCCUGAUGCUGGACCAGGACACGUACAACGCUCUGGUGAAGACCCUGCAGAGAGACUGCCUGGUGCUGGAAAGCUUUAAGAUCAUGGACUACAGUCUGCUGCUCGGGGUUCACAACAUCGACCAGGCGGAGAGGGAGAGGCAGAUGGAGGGCUCUCAGGGCAGCAGCGAUGAGAAGAGGCCCAUGGCCCAGCAGAAGGCCCUGUACUCCACCGCCAUGGAGUCCAUCCAGGGAGGCGCAGCCUGCGGGGGAUCCAUUGACACCGACGACACGAUGGGUGGGAUUCCAGCUGUGAACGGGAAAGGAGAGCGACUUCUCCUCUACAUCGGAAUCAUCGACAUCCUGCAGUCCUACAGGCUCAUCAAGAAACUGGAGCACACGUGGAAGGCGUUGGUUCAUGAUGGGGACACCGUGUCAGUCCACCGACCCGGCUUCUAUGCUGACAGGUUCUUCAAGUUCAUGAGCAACACGGUGUUCAGGAAGAGCUCCUCUCUGAAGUCUUCUCCGUCCAAGAAGGGUCGCGUGUCGUUGACGGUGCCGAAGUUAACCGGUCCUGGUGCGGCGUGGUCGGCCAGCCAGCUCCCCUCCGACAGAGAUGAUGUCAUCUAUGACCUGAGAGGAGCUUGCAGCUUCCCCACGCUGGAGGAUGAGGGGCGACCAGAUCUCCUUCCAUGCACUCCCCCAUCGUUUGAAGAAGCCACCACGGCCUCGAUUGCCACCACUCUUUCCUCCACCACCUCUCUGUCCAUACCGGAGAGAUCCCCCUCUGACACAGCUGAGCACCCCCGCUACAGGAGGCACACCCAGUCUCUGAGCCACGACGGGAGGACUCAGGAGGAGCUGCGUGUGCGGGAGGAGGACCAGCAGACCAUCACAGUGGAGGUGGAGUUAAAGAGACCCGACAGCGAGCCCACCUUCUCUGUGCCACAGUCUCCACCUGACACCAG